GUCUGCCCACCGGUGCUGUGAUAAUGGCUGCGAGGUAAUGAAUUCUGCUGUCACUGUGUUUACAUUGCUCACCCAGCGAGCAGCGAGUCCCAGGCCGUGUCUACCUGUGUGUGUGUCAGGCUGUCAGUAUGUCACUGUGUCACUGGACAGGCCAGUGGCAUGCUGGGAGAAUACUCACUGCAUGUAUUAUAUACAGGGUUAUUAUAUACAGGGCUUAUUAUAUACAGGGUUUAUUAUAUACAGGGUGUAUUAUAUACAGGGUGUAUUAUAUACAGGGUUUAUUAUAUACAGGGUUAUUAUAUACAGGGUUUAUUAUAUACAGGGCUUAUUAUAUACAGGGUUUAUUAUAUGUGUUACUAUAUACAGGGUUAUUAUAUACAGGCUUAUUAUAUACAGGGUUUAUUAUAUGUGUUAUUAUAUACAGGGUUAUUGUAUACAGGGUUAUUAUAUACAGGGCUCAUUAUAUACAGGGUUUAUUAUAUACAGGGCUUAUUAUAUGUGUUAUUAUAUACAGGGUUAUUAUAUACAGGCUUAUUAUAUACAGGCUUAUUAUAUACAGGGUCUAUUAUAUGUGUUAUUAUAUACAGGGUCUAUUAUAUGUGUUAUUAUAUACAGGGUUAUUAUAUACAGGGCUCAUAUACAGGGUUUAUUAUAUACAGGGAUUAUUAUAUACAGGGUUAUUAUAUACAGGGCUUAUUAUAUACAGGGCUUAUUAUAUACAGGGCUCAUUAUAUACAGGGCUUAUUAUAUACAGGCUUAUUAUAUACAGGGCUUAUUAUAUACAGGGUUAUUAUAUACAGGGUUUAUUAUUUACAGGUUUAUUAUAUACAGGGUUUAUUGUUUACAGGGUUAUUAUAUACAGGGCUUAUUAUAUACAGGGCUCAUUAUAUACAGGGUUUAUUAUAUACAGGGUUUAUUAUUUACAGGGUUAUUAUAUACAGGGUUUAUUAUUUACAGGGUUAUAUACAGGGUUUAUUGUUUACAGGGUUAUUAUAUACAGGGUUUGUUAUAUACAGGGCUUAUUAUAUACAGGGCUCAUUAUAUACAGGGCUUAUUAUAUACAGGGUUUAUUAUUUACAGGGUUAUUAUAUACAGGGUUUAUUAUAUACAGGGUUUAUUAUAUACAGGGUUUAUUGUUUACAGGGUUAUUAUAUACAGGGCUUAUUAUAUACAGGGCUUAUUAUAUACAGGGCUCAUUAUAUAUAGGGUUUAUUAUAUACAGGGUUAUUAUAUACAGGGUUUAUUGUUUACAGGGUUAUUAUAUACAGGGUUUAUUAUAUACAGGGCUUAUUAUAUACAGGGCUCAUUAUAUACAGGGCUUAUUAUAUACAGGGUUAUUAUAUACAGGGUUUAUUAUAUACAGGGUUUAUUGUUUACAGGGUUAUUAUAUACAGGGCUUAUUAUAUACAGGGCUCAUUAUAUACAGGGUUUAUUAUAUACAGGGUUAUUAUAUACAGGGUUUAUUAUAUGUGUUAUUAUAUACAGGGUUUAUUAUAUACAGGGCUUAUUAUAUACAGGGCUUAUUAUAUACAGGGUUUAUUAUAUACAGGGCUUAUAUACAGGGCUUAUUAUAUACAGGGUUUAUUAUAUAUAGGGCUUAUUAUAUACAGGGCUUAUUAUAUAGAGGGCUUAUUAUAUACAGGGUUUAUUAUAUACAGGGUUAUUAUAUACGGGGCUUAUUAUAUACAGGGUUUAUUAUAUACAGGGUUUAUUAUAUGUGUUAUUAUAUACAGGGUUUAUUACAUGUGAUAUUAUAUACAGGGUUUAUUAUAUGUGAUAUUAUAUACAGGGUUUAUUAUAUGUGAUAUUAUAUACAGGGUUUAUUAUAUGUGUUAUUUAUUAUAUACAGGGUUUAUUAUUUUGUUUGUUUUAUUAUAUGUGUGAUGUAGAAUUAUUAAAAUCUUUACUGAACUUGUAUUGAAUAAUUGUACUAACUCCAUUUUAAUCUCACACUAUGACAGAAUUCUCCAUUUUGUUCACCUUACAUGACAGAAUUUCCUGACAGUAUUCAGUAUAAUGAAUAAGAGAUUGUAUUUUCUCUCUCUAAGGACAUGACUAGCCCCGGAGUUAGCGGAUCUCCCGUAACUUGCAACAUAGUAUAAUCCAAGGCCAGGAGAACAGCGACUAAAUGAAAUGUUCUAUUCAUAAAAGAACCUUGGACCAGACCACGAGACUGACAUCACUAACUACGUAAAAUGAUGCCCAAGCCCCCCCUUUCCACCGAGUAAGCCUCGUGCUAAAGAGCAAUGGCGACGACAUCCCAUGAUGGGAGGGUGCCUCACUAGUCACUCAAAUCUCUGAGCCAAUUAAUAAUAUUAAUGGGUGGACACUGACAUAGCCACUUAACAUUUAACCCAAUUAAUGAUGUUUAUUUGUUAUUAUCUGAUAUUCAAUGAUGAUGUCAUUUUGCAUAUAAAAAGGCCUGCGUGCCCGCUUUUUAACUAGAUGCUAAUAAAUUUCCUGAAGUGUUUUUAACCUGAACUGCAUGUGUCAGUGUGAACUUCUGCGUAUACGCAAUUUGUUCAUCUCAGAUUUGGACAGGAACAGAUAGACUUUUAAACAUUUUUGUUUAUUUCUAAAUUAAUCUACAUCAUGUGUUGUGUUAUACAUGUUAUUAUAUGUGCAGGGUCCCAGGGUCGCUCUCUUAUAGUCACAUCCCAAAUAAACCAGUCAGAUCACUUACACUGAAAGCCAUGGGCUACUAACCUUUUUUGGACCAAAUCACCCAUUAAUUAGAGGAAACAAACAUUUCAAUAUACACAAAUAUUUAUUGGGGACUUAUAAAUGUCACAUUUUCUUACAGCCUUAUUAGAUAAGAAUGAUACAUAUUUAGCGCAUGCCUCUAGCUAAAUUAAAUCACCAGUUCUAAUUCAUUUUAUUUUAUGCACUUCUUAAUUGGUGCAUAAAAGGAAUCUUUUCUUUCAACCUGUUCCAUACAUGAAGUCAAUAUGAGUUAUUUAAAGACAGAGUAGCCAAACUAAAAGCAUAACUGACUUAGUGAAUUUUUCCAGUCUGGCUAUUUUGACCUUAAAUUACAUUAUUUUUCUAAUUCCCACUUCAGUGAAUAACCCUGAUAGCUCAUGGGUUGCUAGUGUCACUCGCACCUCUAUUGUGUAUACUGUAUGCACCAUAUGGAAAGCCUUUACUUUCUCUUCCCUAAUGGAUUGUGCAUGCGCUGUCUGUGAAUUUUUAAUGCGCUGUUCAUGAAACUGUGAACUGAGUUGUAUAUAUCGUGAUAGACACUGUGGUGCGGCUUCCAGCAGUUUAUUGCGUAGUUUCAACUGCUCUUCGUAAGUAAACUGAGCAUCCCAUAAUCCUCUACUGGACCGCUGGGAAUUAUGAAAUAAGUGCAGUUUUUAGCACUGUAUCUAACUCCUGUACAAAUACAUUGAACUUUAUUACCACUUUGCAGCUAAUAGACAAUCUUCUGGCAAGCUUCGGUGAAAUCUAUCUGGGCCUGGCACAAUACUGAACUGUAUAUCCACCGAGCGAUUACCUGCAGUCUACAUCUAGAGGUAAAUGCAUUAUUUAUAGCAAUUUAUCAGAGGAUACAUUGGGAAUAGUUACUAUUACUCAGGUUUCUUCCUGUACAGCACUAUGGUUUAUAGCUAGUCUGUAGCUAGCCAAUAAUGCAAACCAAACUACUGUUUUAUUUAAAUUUUUUUUUACUUUUAAUAUAUAUUUUUUUUUUUUAGCUUUUAAUCAUAUUCGGUAUAUCAGGAAAUCGCAACUUCUGAUAUGAUGGAGGGGGUGGUAAACAGAUGUUUGCAACUAAAGGAGUUACAGUGAAAUGAACAGCUAUAUGUAAUAAUAGUAAAAGGCCUGUGUUUGUUGGUAAUAGCCAUUUUCUCUGGGUCGUUGGGGAGAACAACCAUUAUGGUGCUAUUGCUUUGCUGAUCUUUCUCCCAUUUCUGUUGGUCUCUGUUACAGAGGAUGAUAGAGAUGACUAAGGACACGAAGCAGAUGACGGAGAGGAUCUUGAACCAUGCUCUCGGGAUCAUCUUCUUACUGACUGGAGAGGUGGGAACUGUUCUGUUCUAUCCCAAUGAGCACUCGUUACUGCCGUCACUAAUGGAGAGCAAUGGCUAAGAAUAGAAGUGUUUUACAGGGAAACUACAAUUUCUCUGGAAUUUACACCAAUGCAUACAACAAUGAAAAUCACCUGUAACUCGUGUUGGGCUUUUUUACAUAAGGUGCUCCAUUUUCUUUAAAUUUAUAAAUAAAGAUUUAGGAAAUGACUCCAUACUUCAGUUCAGACACGGCAAUACCAGGGCAAACAUUGCAAGUUGAGAAGGGAAAUAGAAACAUGAUUUUAUUUCUCCUGUUUUCUGUAUGAUUUCUCUAUGCCGACUGCCGGGUGCAUAGGGCAAAGUUUGUAACAAUGAUUGACAGGGGCUAAGAUGGAGUCGCCCAGUUUCAAGAUGAGAAGUUGUGGAUUUCUGAAUUAAAUUUUAUUUUCUACACCUCACAAAAAAUAUUUGUUAAAUUGUAAGGAUAAGUAAACAUAAUAUUAAAAAUACUGGUAAGUGACAAUUUCCCUUUAAAGGGACACUCCAGGCACCCAGACCACUUCUGCCCAUUGGAGUGGUCUGGGCGCCAACUCCCACUACCCUUAAUCCUGCAGGUGUAAUUAAUAAUUACCUUGCAGGGUUAAGUCCUCCUCUAGUGGCUGUCUAUAAGACAGCCACUAGAGGGACUUCCGUGUUCUUAGAACACGAAAGUGUGUUAUAUGACGCUGGACGUCCUUACACUAUGCGUGUUAGGUCGCUCGGCGGGAGAGGAGAAUAGGCGGAGCCUGACCCAGUGCCAAGGGACAUCGAAGCUGGACUCCGGUAAGUCACUUGGGAUAUGGGGUGGGAGGGAGAGGGGCACUACAGGGUCCUGCAGUGCCAGCAAAACAAAUGUUUUCCUGGCACUGGAGAAUCCCUUUAACCCCAAACUUCUGGAAUAAAAGGGAAUCAUGACAUGUCACACAUGUCAUGUGACCUUAACCCCUUAAGGACAUGUGACAUGUCAUGAUUCCCUUUUAUUCCAGUAGUUUGGUCCUUAAGGGGUUAAUAGAGAACGUGGGACUGGCCAGUGGAUUGAACAUACAAAGUACAAGAGACUAUGAAAAGGAACAUUUAUUCACUUUUAAACAAAUGUGGGUUUGGUCAGUGGGCUGUGCUUUACUGUAGGGCAGGGGUAAAUCACAGGGUGAGAUGGGCCUGGUGACUGACUGCGGCUGACUACAGAUAAUAUAAAUUUCAGCGCUAUUUCUAAAUGUGCCAAUUCACCUUUGGACAGUGAUUCCAACUAAUCCUAAAUCUCAAUAUGACACUGCUGAUGUUAUCCCAAGUGUUUCUAGUUUCCAUGUAUUCUGAAAUAACUAUUAUAACAUAACCAGGAGUUUAUUUUUCAGGUGAAAUUUAGAAAUGAAUCAGCCACCAUACCUGUAUUUUUAAGUAAAUAGUAGUAAUGCUGAUUGUUUGUUUUAUGAUACAUAAGGUUGUUGUGUGAUAUAUUGCUCCCUCUUGUUGUGCAGGAAUAUGUUGUUGUGAAAAAGAGUUCUCCGCACAGCAUUCAUCUGCUGACUGGAGAGGUGAGUGUUUAGCACAGGAGUUACUGUUUGACUCCACUAGGUCAGUUUUUGGGAUACUAUGACUCAUGAAGACUUCCAUUACCUUGACAUAUAGCCAGCAAGCAUUAUUAAGGCAGGCAGGGUAUCCUGGGAAAGGAACCUGGCAAAAGUGAGUUCUAGGGUAGGUUUUUUUUUAAAUUUAUUUUUGUAGUAUUUGGAUAAAAUCUUAGCUGUAUAGUUGCUUAGCUAAAGUAAGCUAAUUGAUUUUGAUGAGGAUUCAUAUGGUAGUGGGAGGAGCAUAGGGUGAUGGCUUCUUCAUUUAUGGAUAACUAGUCUUAAAAAGAGUUCCAUGGGAAACACGUAGGCAUUAAAUUGCCAGCUGAUUGCUUCAUUACCGUCAAUCUCUGGUUUCUUGUGGACUUUGGAUUGGAUUUUUGAACAGCUCCACAGGGCAAAUAAAAAUGAGUUUGUUUAUAGUUUACAGUUUGUUUACAGUUUUAUGAACUUGGAGUUCCUGUUACUGUUUUCUUUUAAAACUGUUCAAGGACAAGCUGUCCCAUUACCAAUACACACUAAAACCCCACUUAUAGAAGUACUGUUCCUCUGACUAAUUGAUUUUCCACCUUAAGUACAUUACUAUUAAAGUGCAUUGGGAAAGAGAAGAAUACAUUCUUGAUGCCCAUGGACCUCUAUAAGCGAUCUGCUGUGGCUAUGGUGAACAUAAUCAAUUUACUCCACUAGGGGGCACUCGUGAUCACAUAUUUCCGUUCUGUUUAUUUUAUUUAUUUUUGUCAGUUUGUGUUAAAGGUACACUAUAGGCACCCAGACCACUUCGGCUAAUUGAAGUGGUCUGGGUGCUGUGUCCCUUUUGCACCUAAUUCUGCAAUGUAAAACAUUGCAUUUCCAGAGAACUACAAUGUUUAAAUUGCAGCACUAAGUCUGCCCUCUGUGGCUGUCUAGCUUCUGUAAUUGAAACAAAUGUUUGGUCUGUUAUCUGACGCUGGACGUCCUCACGCUCUGCAUGAGGACCUCCAGCGUCAGAUUUUCCAAAUAGGAAAGCACUGAUUAAUGCUUUCCUAUGGGGAAAUCCUAAUGCAAGGGCGGCCAUUGCUGCGCAUGUGCAUUAGGGGGAGAAGCGUGGGCAGGGCCUGACCCAGCCCGAGGGACAUCAGUGCUGGAUUCAGGUAAGUUACUGAAGGGGUUUUAAACCCUUCAUCCCCGCGGUAGGGGUUAGGGGAUUAGCGAGGGAGGGUGGCUCCUUAGAAACCUAGAGUGCCAGGAAAGUGGCUUUGUUUUCUGUGGCUUUGUGUGUUUUUAUAUGGCAUCAGGAAAACCUUCAGGGGAAACAGGUUAAUAAGGAGUUAAGACAAAUCAACCCCUGUUCUCGUGAUGACUAUGGUUUAGGCAAUCUUUAGUAAGAUACAAUGUUUUUGGCACGGUUUUGCAUCUUUGUUCUCUAUAGCAAUAUGUUUGUUAGAUUGCUUUAGGAUUUAAUUAUCUGUGUUUUAGGUCCCGAUAAAGUGUGGGGAUAUUUCCAUCUAUUUCUCCAUGGAGGAAUGGGAUUACAUCGAGGGACACAAGGACAUUUACCAGGAUGUUAUGAUAAAGGGUCGCCAGGUGUCUGAUGCAAGUAGAAGUCCAAAAAGAAGAAGCACAGGUGACCUUGUGUUUUAAUUGUUAUGAAGUAGAUAAAUGUCCUACCAGCUGUGUGCAGGUUCCAACCACCAAAUCUCACACAGGAAUCCCCCAUCGCCUAUGGCUUAAAGGGAAACUAUAAUGCCACGAAAACAAACUUUGUUUUCCUGGCACUAUAGCUUUCAAUUCAGUCAAGGUAAACCCCUCCACCCCCCUGUACAGAAAGGGUUAAAAACACCUUAUGUCACUUACUUAGGUUUAGCGUCGAUGUUCCUCCGCGAUGGCUUGAGUCCUCCUUCUUCCCUCCCCUGUUGACGUCAGCUGAAGGGGGAGACCUAAUGCGCAUGUGCUCGCAUUAGAACAGCCCAAUAGGAAAACAUUAUUCAAUCUAUUUCCAUGUAGCUUUGGGUGAUGCUGAACUUACCCAUGCAUAGCGCGAGGAAAUCCAGUGUCACGUUAGGCGACCGAUCCACUAAUCACCAAACUGUGGUGAAUUGAACAAAAAAAUAAAAUCAAAAUGUGGGCAGCAUUAUCCACUUUGAAAAACUUCUGCAAUUCAGCUCUGUUAUCAAAUAAUUAUGUUUGAAUUAAUUUUUUUUCAUAUUCUAAUUAAUAGUUUUUAUAAAUAAUACUUACAAGGCUUAAAAAAGUUCAAGUUUACUAGCCAGGGUUUAAAAGUUACUCAUUGAUGCAAGCCAAAGGUGAGUUUCUACAAAAAUUUGGCAUGGCAAUGGCUAGUGGCUGAGUGGAAAUUCUGAGUCUUGAAUUUAAUUUUUAAGUCUCAAUAUGUAUAGAGGCAGGUGAGAUAAAAUGGCGAGAUUUAAAAAGCAUGUCUUUAAAUAAGAUUAUUUUUUAUUACAUUCACAGGAACCCAUGAUGAAAACGUAGACCCUGUGUUUAUUAGUGAGGUUCCUAAAAAUGAUAAACUUAACAGAGACAGUGAACAAGUGGAAGUCUCGGUGAACACCGGUGCAGGUAAUAUGGAACGUGACUUAAAAUUCUUUGGAUCAUUGUCCUGCAAAGCAUAUUGUGGUCAGUAGAUUCAGUUUUACAGCUUUUCUAUAAAACUUAUAUAUCUCUCCUAUCUAGUUCUACCAAUGGCCAAAGGGAAGUUCAGUGUGCUCCUGCAAUUUAUCCCAGAAUGCUUUUCUUUCAUUAUAGAUGAUCAGGGUUAUUUACUAAAGUGAGAAUUCAAAGUCAAUUCCACAUUUAAGGCCAGAGGAGCUGCACUUUUAGCUUAAGAAUUUUUUGAGUUUGGCUAUUGUGACCUUAAAUUUGAAAUUCACCUUCAAUUCUCACUUUAGUGAAAUACUGUGCAAGUCUAGAGUGCUGUAAGGUGAACCUCAUGGCCUCGAUAUGAUUAUUUGUAGACAGAAAGUAGGCUCUGAUAGAAUCCAUUUAAAUCCACACCACCACUUGCAGGGAGUGCGCCUUAAAUGUCCACUCAUUUAAAGGCUCCUCGUGGAGGUGGAGAAGGUUGAUCUACUUACCUGAAGUUCUCACUCCUACACUGCAGAACCUUGUGCACCUUACAGCAUGAAGAUGACAUGUGCAGAGUCCUUUUUUUGUCACUAGCAUGCAAAAUAGAUCAAUGGAUGUUUCAGAGAUUUUUGCACAUUUUGCUACAAUUCAAAGUAGUUCCUUUCUUUGCUCUUAUUUAUCUUAUGAUUACAUUACUAUUUUAAUGAAAUACCAGGACAGUCUAUAUGAGUUUUAUUUGGAGGACUCCACCGUCCAUUUUGACUAGUCUGGUCUUAGUAACGAUAACAUGGAGCCCCAAAAAUGCAUCAUUAAAAUAAAAAAAUCCCAAUUGUUCAUUCUAACAGGUGAUUUAACUAGUGAUAUUGUACACAGUGGUGAAAUAAAUGAGGCACCAGUUGUGAAGAGUAACCCGGAAACCAAGGAAAAACAAAUGGAUGGAGACAUCUGCACAGGUGAGACAUCUCAUAUUAGCUGUGGUUUACAUUGAGGGACCACUAAAGGCACCCUGACCACUUCAUCUCAAUGAAGUGGUCCUAUCAUUUUAACCCUGCGAUGCUUUGUAGGAACUUGUUCUCAUUGCAGGGUUAAACACUCCUCUAGUGGCAUUUCCGCUACAAUAACUGUGGCAGAUUCCGUUAUUCAGCCAAAUGCUUCUCAUUGGGAAGCUAUGGUGGAUGUUUAUUAAGUCUCCACUAUAGACAGUUUGAUUGUGUAAUUGAUAGCCAGCAGAGGCAUACUGAUUGACAAAUGUAAACAUUGCUGUUUUUCAGAAGUGGUAAGGCUUACAUUUACCAGACUGCAGGGACAGGUGUAGUGGUUUUGGUCAGUAGAGUGUCCUUUUAAGAACAGAUAUUGGUUCUUUAAUAAUGCCUUUUUUUUUAUUUAUUUUUUUAUAUCAAGUUUGUAAAACACAAAUGAUAAACCCACUGUAAAUGUCUUGUCUCGCAGGCUGUUCCUUAGUGGAAGAUUCAUCCACGAAUAAGGAUAUGUUUACAAAAUCCCAAACAGAGGCUCUGUCUUCAGAUACGACAGUGGAAGGUGAUACCAUUUCAUCUUGCAAGAUCACCAGAGAGUUACACACAGCACAUAGUUCUAUGGACGAGACUGUAGAAAGUGAAAACUGCACAUCUCAUGGGCUUAAACAAGAAUCCCGUACACAGACUUGUGCAUUGGCUCAGACAGUGGAACAGGAUUCUGUUACAUCCCAUAAGUUUGUAGAUGAGUCUUGGAAAAUGUCCUCUUCAUUGGCUCACACGGUGGCUAAUACCAGUAGAUCACAUGACUUUCAAAGAGGGUCCUGGACAGUACCCUGUACUUCUGAUUGGUCAGCUGGAGGUGGCAAUGAGGCAUCCCAUGGGUGUAAAGAAGAAACUCAAGUAGUGGACUGUUCACUGCCUUGUACAGUGGAAGGUGAUACCACUACUUCUCAUGCAUUUCAAGGAUCUUCUUCUUGGACAGUGCCCUGUUUAUGGGAUCGGACUGCAGAUGUUGACAACAGUAUGUCUCAUAGUUAUCAAGGAGUCUCUAGAGAACACUCACCAAAUGAGUCAGGGUCGUAUGAAAGUGGAAAUAUAAUUUCAUUACCUUUAAGUGAACAUAAUAUGCACUUACUAAAUGAGAGAUUUGUUGAUGGAACAAUCCAAAAUAUUCACAUUAAGGAAGAAAAGAGCCAAGAUCAUGAACCAACAUGUACGGAUCCAAAGCUUAAAAAUUGCGAUAAGUGUGGUGAGCUAUUUAAUUCUGCAAAUAGCCUCCUUCUCCAUCAGAGGACACAUUUGGGGGGAGACACCUGUGAAAAGCAAUUGCCUACAUCCUCAAAUUUCUUUCUACAUCAGAAGAUGUCAUGUACUUGCCCCGUGUGUGGUAAAUGGUUCAGUAAAAGGGCUCAUUUGCUCAUACACCAACGAACUCACACAGGAGAGAAACCAUAUUCUUGUGCACAGUGCGGGAAAUGUUUUUCGAAAAGGUCUCACGUUGUAAUGCACUAUAGAACCCAUACUGGGGAGAAGCCAUAUGUUUGUACAGUAUGUGAGAAGUCUUUCGCCAAAAGGACAAACCUGGUCACCCACCUCAGAAUUCAUACCCGAGAGAAGCCAUUUAUGUGUCCUGUGUGUGGAAAAUACUUCACAAGACGAUCGAACAUGGUCACCCACCAAAGAACUCAUACAGGAGAGAAACCAUACUCAUGCCCUGAAUGUGGAAAGUGUUUUUCACAGAGGUCACACAUGGUAACACACCAUAAAACACAUUCAGGAGAAAAGCCGUAUAUUUGCUCUGUGUGUGGAAAAGGUUUUGCUAAAAGGUCCUAUUUGGAAGUCCACCAGCGAACUCACAGAACUGAAAAAGUAAAUAUGUUUAACUCUGUUGAAUUUUGACACAAUUGGGAAACAUUUUACCUGUAUAUUGUCGAUUCACAGGGCCAGGUUUUGAAAGUUUGCUCUACAUCAUUACUGCCCUACAUUUUUAUGGUCAUUUGUUUCACUCAGAUGCAGCUUUGAGUAUGGAUCCUGAUGAAUCAACAAUUCCAUGCUGUAAACUAUAUAAACUUUUAAAACUGUCAUUGACGAGGUUGGAUUUAAAAAAGCACAAACUAGGAUUAUACAUUUAAAAGAGUUUGCAAAAAAACAAACAAACCAGAAUACUCACACUGACCAGUUUAUUUCACGGUUAUAAACACUAAAGGGUUUUGUUGGGAAAAAACAAUUGGUGCUACUAUAACCUAAUGUGGGUCACUACUCUACAUAUAAAAAGUACAUUCACAAAACAAAAAACUAUUUGUGAGAGCACACCAAAUUACAUACGCUUGUACCAAAACAGUGGACAAAUAUAUUUUGUUCAUACAAUAUUGCACUAUGGUCUGUUCUUUAUUUUUUGUUUUAAUAUAUAUUAUAUUUUUUUGUACACCCGUAUAUAAUUUUGGUUGCUCUCGCCAAUUCUUUAUUUUCAUAGUGCAAGGAAUAACAUACAGGCUUGUGAUGCCACAGCAGUGAUGACAAGCUUAUUGCAAACUCAGACAUAUACAGACUCAUGGCAUAAGAAGAAGUUGCACAUUUUAUAUUUUUAGGAAAGUAGAAUGCAUUACACAUGUUAGGUAAGUAUCAAUGCUGAUAUAGUUAGCCUAAGAAGAUUUUUCAGACAUGUAGAGUUGAUAGAGUGUUAAGAGAGCAUGCUAUGCGUACCUAGGUGCGCUCUUCGGUUUUAAAGGGUCGUUAUGCCUGUGUAGCCUUCAGGGGGUAAAAAGGGGACACAUUAAAUAGCAGUAGAACAUGCAGCUUGGCACAUGAGGGUAAGGAUAGAACAUGUGAAGCUAGGGCCCACAAAAAUGGUGCAAGUCGUGGGUUUAGGGGUGAGCAUUAAGACCAGAGGGCUUAGCCCCCGCCUGUCAGAAAUUGGGAGCUACCCCAACACGGAACAUGACCCAUGCAACUGUACCCCACCAGCCCCAGGCCCCCUCAAAGCCCAAUGCGUCAGUCUCAGCGUUGGAUACUGCCAGGGCCUGGUCUUGAGGUCUCUUAAGAGGUUGAUGCGGCUUACGUGUAUUAGGGAGUGAGUGGCGUCCAGGGAACUGUCCCGGUUUGGGCCAUGGCCCAGGAAGGCAGUAAAUUGUUUUUUGUUUUGUGAAUGCACUGUUAGUGUGAUGUUUGCCAAGUAAUAGAUUCAGGACCUCAGUCUAGGAUGUCUUGUUUGUCAGCAGUUUCACUCAGAACAAAUAUUCACAUAAUCUAAAAUAAAUAUAUCUGCGGAUAUUUUGGUAUUUUAAAACAAUCUGCUGUUAUUCUGAAUUUAUUGAUAUGGUUUUCAUUUUGUUAGUUUUGUUACAUCUAGGUGCAAUCCUUACAUUGAAGCAAGUCAAGUUACAAUGUAAGCUAAUAAAGUGCAAUUAGUCGAGUGCACUCAUUUUACCAAGUAAGGGGAUGGCUGUGACGCUGGACAUAGAAAAAAGAUUAUUUAGCACUUUUUCAUAUAUAGCAAUACGUAGACAGGAAAAGUUAAUAACAUUUCAACAAACUACUCAUUUGACAAAGAUCAGUAUUUAGUGAGACCCUUAUCACUUUUCCUGUGUACACUUGACUAAAUAAAGAGGGUUGAUAUCCAUGGAGAUGGUGCCAAGCACUGAUUUCUACAAUAUAGACUGGGUUAAUCCAUAAUCCACUUUAAAAAUCUAUCCGCCGUUCCCUGAUUACUAGAUCUGUUAAUAAAUAAAAACGAAUAGAUUCUACAUAACAGCCAUUGAGAAGCCCAUUGCAUUGUAGCCGAUCCCAAAGCCUGAUUAUUAUUGGUUUCAUGCAGAUUGUUGGAAAUCCAGUUUACUAUAAUUUUCUUUAAUGAAUAAUGUGUCGGAGUUUUACAGGUGCCAACACACCUUUGUCUAUGGAUUAAAGCUUUAUAGCCUUUGUAGAUAAUAAGAAGUUAAUUCUUUAGUAUAAAUGAAGGGUUUAUUAGUGUGUGUCAGCAAGCCAACACACAGGGUUACAUGAAGAACUUACAGAGAGAUGUAUAGCCUUCCGAUGGAAUGAUGCUACAAGCAGAAAGAUAUCCAGGUGGAAGAAAUGGAGCAUGCAGCAGUUGUAGUGUCACUGUAUCAGGGAUGUAAAUUGAUGGUAGAGGAGAACAUACACUGGGUACUACAAAGGGUGGAUUUCGCUAAAACAAAAGACUUACAACAAAUAAUUGUUGUAAACAAUUUUAAACAAUUUGCGUUCAUUCAAUAGGGCUGUGCGUUCCAGAGCAUCACCUCUUGGAGACUUGAUAACCAACCAUUACAACGUACGGUCUUGAUUGGGAGAGUCUAACUGUGUUAAUGGAUUCAAUUCUCUCCUUAAACCAUAUGUAUGCUUUCCUGGUUUGAAUAGCUUAACGGCAGUUUUACUUUCUGGAGAUGAUCUAGUUACUGCAAUAGCAUGUUUAUCCUUAGAUAUUUACUUACAAUACCCUCAGAGGUGUCUGACAUUGUGUGUUGUGCCAUAUCUACAAUAUGAAACUUUAAAAAGCAAAUAAAACCUAAAUGGUAUCAAUACACAACCCUAUGGAAGCCAAUAGACUUAAUCAGCUUAAAUGAAACAUAUUGGAGUACAGAAGAUAUUGUGUGUUCAAAUUUAUGCUCAAGGCAUAUUGGAUGUUUAUAUGUUUGUGUGUGG